CGCUGUGUGUGCGUGUGUGGUUGCAGCGGGCGCUUCUCGGGCAAGUCGCGCAACCAGUCGUUCCGGCGCUCGGGGCGCACGUCGCAGCGCUCGGCCGACAGCGCGCUGGCCCUCUCCGAGUCCAUGACGCGCUCCUCCUACUCCGACACCGAGUGCAGGUACUACUACGACGACGGCGACCUGGCGCUGGCGGGCGGGCUGCAGCCUGGGCGCGCGUCGCAGCGGUCGCGCUGCUCCGACACCGUGCUGCAG